UUGACUUGAUGUUCAGUUGAUAUUGACUUACCUUGACUCGGUAAUCUAGUUCAUAGUAAGGUCGCUACCCCUCAAUGCUACCAAUAUAUUGAACUAGCUGGACUUGUUCAUCGGGUUCACAUUGACUCGAUGCUGACUUACCUUGACUCGGUAAUCUAGUUCAUAGUAAGGUCGCUACCCCUCAAUGCUACCACAUCAAAUCCUACAAACUAAAUAUCCAAGUAAAAAUAGUGAAGAAACCGGCCUCGUAAAAGAAAUAUUUCAAGAUAGGGAUAAGGUGGUAACGAGAACCUAAGAGGGCGCUAGUGAAGUCGAAGAGCUAUAAGAAGCUGUGUGUCUUGACGUCACUGUCACUAUGACUACCGUAGGGAAUAGAUGAGCGCGAAGCGUUACGUCAAUUUCCGUAAUUUCCGCGAUAUUUAAGAGCCGAAAACAAUUUAUAGACUAAUUUGUGUAUUGUAAACGAACAAGUGACUCUACGAUCGCUGACAAGUCCAGAGACACCGAAGUAUUACACCUUAAAUUAUAUACAGCUGCUGUAUUUGAUUCAAUCCGUUACCUAGGCGAAUUCAAUGUGUUCGAAUACGUCAUCAUUUCGAUGACAUAACUGGUUUCUAUAGCUACUCUUUCUCGAGCAGUAACAGUAUAGUAUUGUCUCAUGGAAGUAUUUCCAGACACUAAAACAAUCCAUUUCAUAUUUAAUUUGUACAAUAGUUGGUUAACAUGAGGAAAGUUUCCAGGCCUAGAAUUUCUCGAGACGCGCGUGCGUACUUACGUAGAUCACUGUCGGGAACAGAUUGUCAGCAGUCGAGAGGCCACAAACAUCAGACACCUACCGGGUAAAGCGCGGGAAUCAUGGCUUCUGUCGCCGCGUGGCUUCCUUUCGCACGUGCGGCGGCUAUCGGGUGGGUGCCGAUUGCCAACAACCCACUUCCCGCCCCGCCAGUAACGAAAACCAGAGCCAAAAAAGACGAGAAGUUUGUCAUUAAUAUCAGCGGGCGGCGUUUUGAAACGUGGCGGACCACGGUGGAGAAGUACCCCGACACGCUGCUCGGCUCGAACGAAAGGGAGUUUUUUUUGGAUGAAGAAAGUCAAGAGUACUUUUUCGAUCGAGAUCCGGACUUGUUCCGACAUAUUUUAAAUUAUUACCGAACGGGAAAGCUUCAUUUCCCGAAACAAGAGUGCCUGAUGGCGUACGACGACGAGCUGGCUUUCUUCGGAAUCAUGCCGGAAGUAAUCGGCGAUUGUUGUUACGAGGAAUAUAAAGACAAAAGAAGGGAAAAUGUCGAGCGAAUCAUGGACGACAAAAUGUCGGAAGCUAAUGAACCGAACGAUACUUCCAAUUAUACAAUCCGGGAGAAAAUGUGGAGGGCGUUCGAGAACCCACACACGAGCACGGCGGCUCUAGUGUUCUAUUACGUCACCGGGUUUUUCAUCGCGGUGUCGGUGUUGGCUAAUGUUGUAGAGACCAUUCCUUGCGGCAAGGAGCCGGACACCAGAGAGAGAAUCUCUUGUGGCGAUACUUACAAGACGGCGUUUUUCUGCCUGGACACCGCCUGUGUUAUGAUAUUCACAGCCGAGUACAUGUUACGUUUGUACGCCGCUCCGAGCAGAUGUCACUUCGUCAGGAGUGUUAUGUCUGUUAUUGACGUGGUUGCCAUCUUACCUUACUAUAUAAGUCUGGGAAUGACCCAUAACGAAGACGUUUCGGGAGCCUUCGUCACCCUACGAGUGUUUCGAGUGUUUCGCAUCUUCAAGUUUUCCAGACACUCCCAGGGACUGCGGAUCCUGGGGUACACGUUGAAGAGCUGUGCCUCAGAACUCGGGUUUCUCGUCUUCUCCCUGGCUAUGGCCAUCAUCAUCUUUGCUACCGUAAUGUUCUAUGCAGAGAAAAAUGUAAAAAAUACAAACUUCACCAGCAUCCCCUCAGCUUUUUGGUACACCAUUGUUACCAUGACUACUCUAGGGUGAGUGAAUCCUAUAAUUAUGCUGUAUUUCUUCAUGACAUCCACUCAACUGUCUAGUACACCAUAGUUACCAUGACUACCAUAGGGGAGUGAAUCUUAUAAUUAUGUUGUAUUUCUUCGUGACAUCCACUCAACUGUCUAGUACACCAUAGUUACCAUGACUACCAUAGGGGAGUGAAUAUUAUAAUUAUGUUGUAUUUCUUCGUGACAUCCACUCAACUGUCUAGUACACCAUAGUUACCAUGACUACCAUAGGGGAGUGAAUCUUAUAAUUAU